UUGCGAUUUCUUAUCGAGUGGGACAGCUUGGAUCGUCACGGUAAGUGCAAAAUGUUCUCUAGACAGUACACUAUCAGUGGUACGCGAGUCAAAGCCAACCAUUCAACGUUGUACUCAACAUCAAGGACCUUAAUUGUACCCACCGUCUAGUGUGACCAAAGAUGGGGGAGCAGAAAAAGCGCCUACAAGAAUUUUUAGACAAGAUUCGCCGUGAUCUUGACAGGACCAUCGAGUUCUGGUCGAAGUAUUCACUUGAUAAAGAACACGGUGGCUACUUCAUAUGCCUUGCCAACGAUGGUCAUGUGUAUGAUGAGACGAAGUACACAUGGCUGGAAAGCCGUCAGGUAUGGAUGUAUGCCCGCCUGUACAACGAACUGGAAAGAUUCAAGACUCCAGAAAUUCUGGCCACUGCAGAACAUGGUGCUCAGUUUCUGUUAAUGCACAUGAAGAGAAAAGACACCGGAAAAUGUUACCUGUCACUAAACCGAGAGGGGCUGCCAGUCAAAGAGCAACGAACUAUCUAUUCAGAGUGCUUCUACCUGAUGGCAAUGUCAGAGCUUCAUCGUGCUACGGGAAAUCAGCAAUACAGGGAUGAAGCCAUUGACAUGAUGAAGCAAAUUCUGCACUGGGUACUGGUAGACGACUCUGGGUUGGGUAGAAAGAAGCUUGCAGGGAACAUGCCUGCUGACACGCUUGCUGUUCCCAUGAUGCUUCUGUGCCUCAUUGAGCAACUGACCACAAUGGACCCUGACCUUGCCAGCAGCUAUGCAGACACAGAGCAAUGGUGUCUAAGUCAAGUGACUAAGCAUGUGCAGCGAGAUGGCAGUGUGAUACUAGAAAAUGUUUCUCCUGAUGGCAAAGAACUACCUGGGUGUCAAGGUCGACUCACGGUGCCAGGUCAUGCCAUCGAAGCAGGAUGGUUUCUGCUUCAGAGAGCUCAAAAGUUAAAAGAUCCAACCUUGAAGUCCUUGGCCAUUGAUAAGUUCAUACUGACAUCUUUUAAUCGUGGCUGGGACACCAAAUAUGGUGGGCUGUUUUAUUUUCUUGAUGUGGAUGGUGAGUCCCCUGUACAGCUGGAGUGGGAUAUGAAGCUGUGGUGGCCACAUAAUGAAGCCAUGAUUGCUCUCCUGAUGGCUUAUAUUGAGAGGCGGGAUGCAGACCUCUUGGAAAAAUUUUCUACAGUCUUCAACUACUGUUACUCCCACUUUGUAGAUGAGAAGAAUGGUGAGUGGUAUGGCUAUCUGAACAGACAGGGUGAUGUCACACACAGUUUCAAGGGAGGUCCUUGGAAAGGAUGUUUCCAUGUGCCAAGGUGCCUCAUGCUUUGUGAACAGAUGCUGUGUUCCCUCAUCAAUGAAAACCGCUAACUACUAUCCAGUGAAAAAAAACGAAAAAAAAACAUGACUUUGAUGCAAUGCCUAAUCAAUGAAAGCAAUACUGUUGAUGUCUUUGCAUGAUUUAAAGACUGCUCCAUCACAA